AUGUGCUCUCUUGCAGAACGAGAUACCAUCACACCUGCUACCGGAAGCAGUGAUGUCAGCUUCAUCGUGCAGCCAACACCACAAAAUAAUUCUACAACGGCUCGAGUCACGCCAAUCACUACUCUGAUAGGACGCCCUGACCCGAGCCCUGAAUUCACUACGCCGCUACAUGGGGAAAUCAUCCCACAACUUUCCACUAACCAAGUACGAUCUCUUUCCACCCUUAGAUCUGUGCCAUGCAGGUCAAGUGACUUACUUCAAGUGAUCACCAUCUGUAAGUUGGCGUGUCUCGACUUACGAGAAUGCGGAGCGCAAGUCAGCUACUGUGAUCCCGGCCUAUGAUGGCCACAUGACCGAGGGUCGAUGAAUUAUAAACGCUCGGCCUCCUUCUGUAUAAGCCUACUAGUAAACCUACCAAACCUAAUUGCCGGAGGACACACUAAUGAAACUAAAGCUUCACUGCCCAGUCACU